AUGCGGUACGAAGACUGGGACGUGAUUCUCUUCCCUGAAUCAUCCAAGGUGCCCAUACAGGAAUUUAAGACGCAAUGUUUUGUCACCAAGGACAAAGAGUCGCCGUAUCUACAUAGUCCCGGUCUUGUCAGCCCGGCAUCUUGUUCCCUACCACAGAGUAAUGUGGGCCAAUUGCCAGUUCUCACUACGUUCGUCCCGAGCUUGCGUCAAAAUACCCCCUUUCGCGUGUCGGUUCAUAGUUGGCAAAAACCGACGCCGAGCCGGUUGAUGGAAAGUCUCCUGCAGCCAGACGACGCGGUGCUUUUUGAGGUGCGGAUCUUUAUCGACGGGCUAUGUGUAUCUGGCAGCGUCUUCCACCAGAGAUCAGGCUGGCCUCAUGUUAUCGACGUCGACAAAAGUGGCAAUCAGGAUAACCUCCGUUUCCCGCCCUUCCAUCAGGAGAUCCUGGAGCAGAGACACUGGGAUGCAGCCGAGCUGUACGGUCGAAUCAGAGUCGUGAUCGCUGAGGGCUUCUGUCGACCGCAUCGCUACCCGCCGUUUGAGAGAGUCAAGGAGAUCAUCGCAUUUGCCUUCCAGCAUGCCCCUCUGCAGGUUCUGGAGCAUUCAAAUAUUGCCUGGCCGAAUCCUACCAUGUGGACACGGGAGCCACGGCUCUUCAAAUACAACUCAGGCAUCGGUCCCAGCCUCGCCCCGGAGGAUUCCCACGCCCAUUCGCCUACUAAACAGGGUGCUCAGGGGCGGAUGAUAGCUUCCAGGAGCCAAAUUAGCAGCCAGUCAGGCAAUUCAUGGGCCUAUCGAAAUCUGCAGCGGCCGAUGCCUAUGCCUAUGCCUCUUCCCCAGUGGCAAAGCCAAUGCAUGCCAGAUCCUUUUACCGAUCCGAUUGCACGUCAUCGGGGUGCGAGAUCAUCCUGCGAGGAUGUCCCUAUGCCCGAUUAUGUCUCAAGCUCCGGCAGUAGUCGCGCUAUCUCCAGCAUGACGGGUAUUAGCUAUGAACACAGCAAACAUCCUAGCAUCGUAACCCCCGUGGACGACGAGUCAUACCGACAACUGAUUGAAGCUCUGAGCCCGCCAAAGCCGCUGACCCUAUUUGGUAUAUCCGCACCGACUAACACUCCUUCUGCCGCUUUACCUAUGGGUACCAAGCUUUCUGCAGCAGCCGAAGCGCGUUCUGCACCCUACACCAAAGGCAGCAGCCGAACAUCAAUUCUGAAGGAGGUUUCACUACCUGGAACUAGAGAGGUAUCCGGAUCCAGCGCUAAAUCCACCGUUCCUUCCGAAACAACCGCUGAGGGAACGACCACUAGCAAGAUUCAUGCUAGCCCUAGUCCACAUGUCAAGAGCAGAAAGGAGGGUAUGUCCCAAGCGAAUAAGGACAAUGAAACUUUGGGGGUUUCACCGCUUAAAGAGAGCGAGAAGAUCCCUCAGACGCCCUCCAGGCCAGCCGUGCGUACGAGCGCGAAUACGGAAACCCCAACUAGGUCCGACCGAAAGUUAUCUACAAGCUCUGUUCUUGGGGAGAGCUCCCCCAUUUCCUAGGGUGAAAUAGUGUGGCCUUUAUCACCCCAGGUUUUGUCCGUGGCGGGACUACAGGUCCAACAAGCUGGAAUUGAUGGCUUACUCCCCUGGUGCUAGAUCUCAGCUUGCAGGCUCGGUGUUGAAAGUCACUGGGAUCGAUUGAAGCAUUCUUACGUUAUUCAGAUAGGCGUCUCCUGUUCCCUGAUGCUUUCUUCCUUGCGCCCCCUGCCUCAGAUUCUCCUGCCC